CAAGAGGCAGACAAAAGUGCAGAAACCCACAGGCUUGGCUGUACAAGUCGGCUGACAAGGCACCCUAGAAGCCCAAAAGAAGAGCAUAAGACAUUUUCUUUGGAGUCUUCAGCUACAAAGGAUAUAAUUUGGAAGCGUCGAACAGGGCAAUGGAUUACCAGCCGAGCAUCAUCCGGGACACUAACCCUAUGGAGAAUCUGGAGAAGCAAUUGAUCUGCCCCAUAUGUCUGGAGAUGUUCACCAAGCCCGUAGUGAUCUUACCUUGCCAGCAUAACCUCUGCAGGAAAUGCGCCAAUGACAUCUUCCAGGCUGCUAACCCCUACUGGCAAACCUCUCGGGGAACAACUAUUUCCGGAGGAAGGUUUCGUUGUCCAUCUUGCCGUCACGAAGUCAUCUUGGACCGUCAUGGAGUCUAUGGCCUCCAGAGGAACCUACUGGUGGAAAACAUCAUUGACAUCUACAAGCAGGAAUAUACCAGCCGGCCACUGAAGAAGGGCAGCCAUCCAAUGUGCAAAGAGCAUGAAGACGAGAAAAUCAACAUCUAUUGCUUAACCUGCGAGGUGCCCACCUGCUCCAUGUGCAAAGUCUUUGGGGCUCACAAAGACUGCGAAGUAGCACCCCUCCAAAGUGUCUUCCAGGGACAAAAGACGGAGCUGAACAACUGCAUCUCAAUGCUGGUGGCAGGGAAUGACAGAAUCCAGACUAUCAUCAACCAGCUGGAGGAGUCGUGCAAAACCACUGAGGAAAAUAGCCGGCAGGUCAAACAGGCUUUGUAUGAGAAGUUCGAAGCUCUCAUUGCCAUCUUGCAGGAGAAGAGGACUGAGCUGUUGGAGCGCGUUGCUAAGGAGCAAGAAGAAAAGGUUGGGCUUAUGAAAAACCUCAUCCACCAGUACAAAGAUCAGUUGGAGGAGUCUUCCAAGCUGGUGGAGACAGCCAUUCAAUCCAUGGAGGAGGAAGCUGGGGCUGCUUUCCUGAUGACUGCAAAGCAGCUCAUUAAAACAAUUGUGGAUGCAUCAAAGGGAGCUCAGUUGGAGAAGAUUGAGCCAGGCUUUGAAAACAUGGACUAUUUCACUGUAGACACAGAAAACGUUACAGAAAUCUUGAGAAGCAUUGACUUUGAGCCAGAUGAAGACAGUGAAGAGGUGAAUGAAGAAGACGAAGAAACUGAAGAGGAAGAACCUCAAAGUGGAAAAGUAGACAAUCCUCAGUAACAAAACAAGGUGUCACGAAUUCCAAGAAAAGAAAAGGAAACUCUGCCUAUACAGAGAUACCAGGAGGAUUUGGGAAAGAUGAAGGGUGGAGUAGGAGAAACCCAAACUGAAAUGCCUAGGAAGGAAGAGGAGGAGGAGAAAGGCGAAGUCCAGCCAAAGAAGAACCGUUAGGAAAGUGGAAUUCCUGACAAUUCAGAAUGAAAUCUUGCACAAAGACACUUUUAUACACGGGUGCAAAACAGAACCUUUCAUACGUUUUAUAAGUCAUGUGUUUUUUGUACAAAAUUGCCAUGGCACUUGAUUUUUGAUUUUUUUGUAAAGUAAUGUGCUUUUCCCUCUUUUUCUUUUUCUUUCUGAUUUUCUUUCUUUCGUAUCACCCACAGACCGAGGGACAUUGAUUCUGGGAAUUAAGUUCAAGCAUUUCUUUGCACCACGUAGAACCAGUAAUAGAGAAGACGACAGUAAAGCUUAGGGUUAGACUGUAGGAAAGAGAACAAAAAUACUAGUUUUAGUUCAUUGGUUUGAUAUAGAAUGAGGAGUCUGGUGAAGAAUAUUCUCUGCCUCAGUGCCUGUAGUUCAAGUGAAAGAUGUAUGUCAAUUUUUCCUUUUGGUUGUAUAUAGCUACACAAUAAAAAUGAAUUGUGGUUUUA